CUCGACAUGGGCAUGCUUCCAUCACAGACGAGGAGAACGGAGGAGUUGGUGGUCCUUCUCCCGCAGUAAUUAAUAUGACCAUCUGGUCCUUCUCUAUGCCCUAUCUAUCUACUCAUGUCUUGUGAGCAGAACUCUCCCAACAAAGCUGUGUCGUGGCGGUCUCAAGGAAACAUCUUAGACGACUCUGUGGUUUCGUAGCCCUACGGAACAAGCACAGAGGUUCGACCUAGACUUCAACAUCCGAGUCCGAUGGGUUUGGAGCAAGGUGGAGAGCCGAACAGGCAUGGCAAUCGAGGCACGAACCAUGAGCUGUUGGGCUUGCUUAGGAUGACGUCCGAGAGAAGCGGCUCGUCCGAUGUGAGGAUCGCGUGGUUGCAAUCUCAGUUGAUCGGCCACGAUGUGGUGUUCGACACCCCUUUCGGAGAGCGCCUCCUGAUCUAUGCUGACCAUACUGCGUCGGGAAGGAGUUUGCAUUACAUCGAGAACUAUAUCCUGCAAUAUGUUCUCCCUGUUUAUGGAAACACUCACACGGACGAUAGCUUCGUGGGGAGCAAAACCACAAGAAUGGUGCACGAGGCAGCAGAUUACAUCAAGCGAUGCAUGGGCGGAGGAGCCGAGGAUGCGCUCAUGUUCUGUGGCUCGGGCUCCUCCGCGGCCAUCAAGCGCCUGCAAGAGGUGAUCGGGAUAGCAGUGCCUUCCACCAUGAGAGAGAGGAUCGUCGCGAGCUUAAGCGACGAAGAGAGGUGGGUGGUCUUCGUCGGGCCGUACGAGCACCAUUCCAACCUCCUGUCAUGGCGGCAAACCACGGCGGAAGUGGUGGAGAUCGGCAUGGACGAGAACGGCCUGCUCGACAUGGAGGCCUUGAGGCUCCACCUCACGUCCUCCAAGUACGCCAACCGCCCGAUGCUGGGAUCGUUCUCGGCUUGCAGCAAUGUCACCGGAAUUCUGGCCGACACCCGCUCAUUGGCUCGCCUCCUUCACGACCACGGUGCCUUCGCUUGCUUUGACUUCGCUGCCAGUGGCCCAUACGUGGACAUCGACAUGCGAUCGGGAGACAUGGAAGGAUAUGAUGCGGUGUUUCUCAGCCCACACAAGUUCGUGGGAGGCCCCGGAACUUCCGGGAUCCUUCUGAUGAACAAAGCUCUGUAUCAGCUCAAGACUUCUCCACCUUCCACUUGUGGAGGUGGCACUGUCGCUUACGUCAAUGGAUUUGACGAGAAGGACACUCUGUACCACGCUGACGUCGAAGAGAGGGAGGACAGUGGAACUCCACCGAUCAUUCAAAAGAUCCGAGCUGCACUGGCCUUCUGGGUGAAGGAGUACAUCGGCCAUGAUCUCAUAACCCUCCGGGAGCAGGUCUACACCGAGACAGCACUCGGAAGGCUCCUCUCGAACCCAAACAUCGAAGUUCUUGGCAACACGUCGGUCAAAAGGCUACCCAUAUUCUCCUUCCUCGUCUUCCCUUCUUCGCAGAGAAGGAAGACGGAGGGGAAACCCCUGCACGGGCGUUUCGUCGCGAAGCUGCUCAAUGACCUCUUCGGCAUCCAGGCUCGCGGUGGGUGCGCCUGUGCCGGUCCCUACGGCCACCAUCUCCUGGGAGUAGACACGGAUCUCUCUCUUCGUAUCCGGUCGGCUAUUCAUGAGGGAUACAACGGGCUGAAACCUGGGUGGACGAGGGUCAGCUUCACCUACUACACGUCCAAGGAGGAGUCUACCUACGUUCUCGCCGCGAUCGAGUUCGUCGCCGCGCACGGGGAUCGGUUCCUCCCUCUCUACCAUUUCGAUUGGGUCACCGGCGACUGGACCUUCCGUAAGCGUGCGUUCAAGUACCAUAGGAUGAAGGAGGAGCUGGAAGAUUUGUGUCGAUGUUUGUUUGGAGAUGCUACCACCGGUGCGAAGAAGGAGAGGACACCGUGUCCGAAACCAGGAAGAGAAGGAAGUGCAAGUGCGAGGAUGAAGCGAUUCGAGAGUUACUUAGAAGGUGCUCGACGAAUUGCCCUGUCGCUCCCGGAGCGCGCAGGCUGUGGCAGUGCGCCAGAGGGGAUUGAUCCCAACCUCAUAACCUUCAGAAUCUAAUCCAUGAUGCCAAUCUUUUGUUAGGAA